AUGCCUAUCUCCGGAAACUCUAGAGUUCAGUGUGGAGCUGCACUAGGUGCAGAGAAGCAUGAGCCUACGUCCGACCUCGCGAGACGUUGCAGGGAAGCGAUAAAAGAAGAUCUGGAAGAGGAAAGAGCAGUAGUAUUAGCCACAUUAGCAGGGGCGGGUAAGAGCAUUCGCGAAAUCCGUCGGAACUGUGCCAAUCGUAAAACAAAAAAGACUGCUCUCCGGAACCGAAAUGGAACAACUACAGCAUCGAGCAGGAGGAUGGAGAAGCUCAUUCACGACUUCUACUCAGAUCUCUUCGACAGCUACGUCCAUUUGCCUCCUCACCGUCUAACGGAGGAUGGAGAUGUCAUCCCAGAGAUUCUCCCUACCGAGGUCCGACAUGCCAUCAUGUCGAUGAAGAAUCGUACUUUAUUCGAUUCCGACAGAAUCAAGUCUGAACAUAAAAAUGAAAAAAAACAUCUUCCGCUAAUCUUAUCAAUCUUUGUCGAGGCUCUUUACACGUUAUUCGUCGGAAUGCAAGGUUGCUAA